AUGUACCCCAAAGAAAAUGAAAGAAGUGAGGCAAACCUGUUGAAUUUUUUUUUUUUUUUUUUAAAAAAAAGAAGAAACAGUUUCUCUCAAAACAAUCUCACCCUAAACGCACUCACCUCACUCUCUGAAACCAUUUUCUUCCUCUCCCAGCUGUCUGCCAGCUGUGCUCUCCACCUACCCAGCUGCCGCAUUCCCCUUCUCCGCCGUCGUCUCUUCACUUCGCCGGCACAAGCUCGUCCGUUUUCGCUUUCCUCGCUCUCGCCUUCGUUGCCGUCGCAAUUGUUGCCUUCCAGCCACUUUGUAGACGUUGUCGUCGCUGUCUCCCUCCCGUCGACUCCUGCCUCUCAGAAGCCUUGCAAUCGCCGACGUCGCCUCUCAGACUGCAAUUCGAAAGGUUAUUAUUCUCUUUUGGGCAAGUUUUGUGGAUUGGUGAUUCCUAGUUCGCUGACUUCCAUUGAUCAUUGGUCGCCGGAGGUUAAGGGGCAGGGGAUGGUUUGUUUUGCACAUCUUGAAAAAAAUGUUGUUUCUGAGAUUGGUUCAUAUGCGGAUGUGAUUCUUGAUGCUUGUUGCCAGAAUAUUGGAGAAGCUAAUUAUAAUUUUUUUGUUUUGUUUAUUGUUUAUGGAGCCAAAAAAUGAGCAGCCAAAUUCUUCAAAGAAAGCAAAGGAUCUGAAUAUUGAGGGAUACCCAGUUGGGGGUC